AUGUCAGUGCUGCCGAGGUGUCCACCUUUUGGCGAUUGCACGUACGGUUCGGUUUCCAAAAUACCCAAAUCCACCCGCCGGAUUUCUGAUGGAACACCAGUCUAUGAAUCUCACAGUGAGUUAUUCCGGGAGUUGCUGCUACCCGAAGAUGCAUCUUUACGAAAUCGUACUAGUUCACAAGUGUCUUGCGACAAUACGACAGUCCCCAACGUAGGCAAGUUGGAGUGA